CAACUGGCUGAUUUGCUUUCGUGCGCAAAGUAGCUUCGACCGCGGGAAGGCGUUUUUUUUCUCUCCCGGGUUAACUUCGCGAGGCGUUAAGCCUGCGGUCUCACGUCGCACGCGUUAAUUGCCGCUUGCCGUCUUCAAGAGCUAUGCAGCUCGAGCACUGCAUCUCGCCAGCUCUCGCGCUCUCCAAGAAAUGUUUGAGUGUGGGCAGUGGCUACCCAAACUCAGAGGGUUCUGAUCUCGCCUUGCACGGCCAUCCUAUUACAUCUGCUCGUGACAACCUGGAGAGAAGUUCACCCCUGAAAAAAAACUCCGCUGGGAUGACGAAUCAGUCAGAGGCGGACAAUUUUGCCGACUCUAAGGACUCGUCGGGAGACGUGCAGAGAGGCAAACUCUCUCCAGCGCUCGACGGAGUCGCUGACAUUCGUCACAACUUCGAUGGAUCUGCUGGAGAAAGGUAUCUCCUGUCACAGUCCAGCCAAACUCAGCCUCUCGCCGCCAGCCCCGCCGCCAUGUUCCCCUACCCCAGCCAGCAUGGACCAGCGCACCCGGCCUUUUCCAUCGGAAGCCCGAGUCGCUACAUGGCGCAUCAUCCUGUCAUAACGAACGGAGCUUACAACAGUUUGCUGAGUAACACUUCCCCACAGGGCUACGCGAGCGCCGGCUACCCGUACGCUCAACAGUACGGCCACGCGUACCAAGGCGCUGCUUUCUACCAGUUCAGCUCGGCACAGGCCGGACUGAUCCCGGGUAAAGCGCAAAUCUACCUGUGCAACAGGGCGCUAUGGCUCAAGUUUCAUCGACAUCAGACCGAGAUGAUUAUAACCAAGCAAGGGCGGCGAAUGUUCCCGUUUUUAAGUUUCAACAUAUCCGGCCUGGACCCGACAGCUCACUACAACAUUUUUGUUGAUGUGAUCCUGGCGGACGCGAACCACUGGCGUUUUCAGGGAGGGAAAUGGGUUCCAUGCGGCAAAGCGGACACCAAUGUGACAGGAAACAGAGUGUACAUGCACCCAGAUUCUCCCAACACGGGCGCGCACUGGAUGCGCCAAGAAAUUUCGUUUGGAAAAUUGAAGUUAACGAACAACAAAGGAGCCUCGAACAACACAGGACAGAUGGUGGUGCUUCAGUCACUGCAUAAAUACCAGCCGCGGCUUCACGUGGUGCAGGUGAACGAAGACGGAACGGAGGACACGAGCCAACCUGGCCGCGUGCAGACCUUCACCUUCCCCGAAACUCAGUUUAUCGCUGUCACGGCCUAUCAAAAUACCGAUAUUACACAGCUAAAAAUUGACCAUAAUCCAUUUGCAAAAGGAUUCCGGGACAAUUAUGACACCGUCUACACAGGUUGCGACAUUGAUCGCUUGACGCCGUCCCCGGGUGAGUCUCCGCGCUCUCAGCUCAUGCCGAGUGCGCGCUACGCCGCUAUGCCGGGCUCCUUCCUGCAGGACCAGUUUGUCAGCUCGUAUGCCAAGUCCCGCUUUCACCCUGGCGUCGGUGGCGCUCCUGGCACGGACCGCGGAGUCCCGCUCGGCAACAGCUUGCUUUCGCCGCAGCAAACCGACGAGACCGCGGUGGGCUCCCCGCAGCGCUGGUUCGUCACCCCGGCCAACAACCGACUGGACUUCGCCGCCUCGGCGUACGACGCUGCCGCCGCGGCCGAUCUCGCGGGCAACGCGGCCACGCUGCUCUCGUACGCGGCCGCCGGAGUCAAAACUCUCCCACUGCCCGCGGCCGGCUGCUCUAACCGAGCCCUGGGCUACUACGGCGAGGCGACGGCGUGGGGAGCGCGCACUCCGCCUCAGUACUGCGGUAAAUCCGGUGCUGUGCUCCCCUGUUGGCCCUCCAACUCAGUCCCUGGCCGGGCGGCGGCUGCGGGUUACCUGGUCGGUCUGGACGAGGGCGACCCUGCCGCUCCAGAGAGAUCCCCGCUGGGAGCAAACGACGACGCCAAACCCAAGGACCUGUCCGAGUCCAGCUGGAUAGAGACGCCCUCCUCAAUUAAGUCGAUCGACUCGAGCGAUUCGGGCAUUUUCGAGCAAGCCAAGCGGAGGAGGAUCUCUCCAUCUGCCACGCCGGUUUCAGAAACAGCAUCGCCGUUAAAAUCUGAAAUGCUGACGCCCAGGGAGUGCGAGAAGAACUGCUCCAAGGACAUUGGCUACUACAGCUUUUAUUCACACAGUUAGACACUGGAACCGGUCGUAACGCAGAGCAUGGCUCCUGCCACGACAAGUUCAAAGAUCCGAUUCAUAUUUAUCUAUUUAUUCAUAUUUUAUUUUGGCUAUUUAUUUAUCUAUUUAUUCAUGCAUUUAUUUGUAUAGGCUAUUUAGAUCUACUAAGCUACGCGGCUUAUCAUUCUUUUUCAAACGUAGUAAUAGGUUUAUAAUUUACUUUGUUUGCAUUUGUUGAUAACACCACUGUAACUAAAUAAUGUAUAUACCUGUGUAGACAUCCGUGAUUUCUCAUUACAUGUUGAUGUACAGUAUGUAAAAGGACAGAAUUAUUAGAUUCUUGGUACGAUGUUUUUAGAGGAAAUCAGGCUGUUUUAUCUUGGAAAUGCUUUAGGUCGGAAGAGAGUGGUAAGGCCCAGUCUUUUUUCUCCUACUCUUAUAGGAGAUGACAGAUAGGAACCACUCAGAGUUCCAGACUUUCAAUAGUUCAGUGUUAAUAGAGACCAAACAGAGUUGUAUUGCAUUGUAUUGCUGUUGCUUGGAAAUAUAUUAGUCUGUAGUUUAAUUGUUGCUCUCAACGUGAGAUCAUUUUGUACUUUGUUGUAACGCUGUUGGUAGGCCGAGAAUCAUGAAAUCAAAUAAUUUUAUGAUAUUUAAAUCCAUGGUUUAAGGGGAAAACAGAUCUUCGGAAGUUUUUGUUAUUUAUUGGGCAUUUAUUAUGAUUAUUUUCUUCAUAAUUUCAUAAUUCCCGAGACGCGUCAGUUAGGCCUGCUAAUGAAAAGCUAAUGUAAUUGUGCUGUGCUUCUUUGCAAUAAAUACACGAGCCUAAAAACUGUUAGUAAAACAGCCUUCAAAUGAGACUUCUAAUCAAGGUUCAUAUGUGCCUAAACAUGUAGGUUAUUCUGAUAUAUGUUGUCAGGUUUGGCGCCAGGACCAUGUGUUUUAGAGGAGUACGCGUCCAUCUGUCGCCGUAUUAGUCUAUUAUAUGAACACUGCAAUGUGUGCAAUUACAUUCCCUUUUCCCUAGUGGUAGGCCUCUUUACAAAAACCUGUCUACUUCGUCAUCACAUCGGCUACUGAAAAUUCAUAUUUCCAAAAACAGAAGGAGCAAGGAAGAAACACAAUUUAGGUUACUCAGAGGGUCGAAUGGUGUUGAAACCAUUUUAUUGGUCGAUUAUACACAUAGAAAUGAAUGAAUUAGAGUCCAACAGGUAGUUCUAAAAAUAACAGCAACCAAAAAACAAAACAAAACAAAAAACCCACCCCUCUAAUUUGAGUUACUUUUGCCAGCAGAUUGACGGUAUGAUGCACAUAUGGCACACAGAUAAAGGCAUAUUGAGGCCGCCAAGGGUCACUUACACAUUAAUAAGAAAUGUCAACAAUAUCUCAGUCACAGUUCUAAAUAAUAUGAGCCAAAAAUAUAAUACGACUACAUUCCUUUUAAUGGCCCUAUCCUCCAAUAAUCAUUCGACCCAGUUGAUUUUAUUACAAGUUCGUAUGCAUUGAUUAAAUCUAUAGGCUAAUUGGGAUAGAAAUACACCGUUUAUCAAAUAUGCAGUAAAACUGAGAAUGGUAUUCUUUAUGAUAAACCCGUAGACACCAACAGCGGAAGUUCUUUUCGUCAUUCGUGUCACAUAUGAGUACA